GGACAAAGAUCAGCUCCUGCCGUGCACGACUUACCCUCAGCCUCCCUGACUGACCCAGUGCUCCAGGCUCUGCUCCAGGGAUCCAGUUCUCUGUCUAGAGCCUGCAAAGAAGACACACGAAGGGUAGAUGAACAGGAGAAAAACUACAUCUACAACUAGCUUCUGUUUACGUUUCCUGAGGAACGAGGCAGCAGAUCACAGCUCCUCAACUCCAUCCAGGAUGCGGUGUCAGGAUCUCCACCAGUUUGGUCAGAAGCUGGUCCGCAGGCGGCUCCUGGAGCCCACCAAGGAUUCUGACAGUCCCACGGCACCUCUGAACAUCCUGAAGCUGGUGGCCUUCGGUGUGGCCAGCACCCUGGGGGCCGGUGUGUACAUCCUGGUGGGAGAAGUGGCCAUGUUCAUCGCUGGGCCAGCGAUCGUCAUCUCCUUCUUGGUGGCUGCCCUCUCUUCUGUGUUGUCUGGGCUCUGCUAUGCCGAGUUUGGGACACGGGUCUCGUGGACCGGUUCUGCAUAUCUCUACAGCUACAUCAGCGUGGGAGAACUGUGGGCUUUCGUCACUGCCUGGAACCUCAUCCUGUCCUAUGUCGUUGUCACGGGCAGCGUGGCCAGGGCCUGGAGCAUCGCCUUUGACAGCCUGAUUGGGAACCGCAUCUUUCAGGCCUUAGAGGGAACUUUUUCUCCAUAUAUGCCCUACUAUCUGGCCAAGUAUCCAGACUUUGUCGCCCUGUCCCUGGUGCUGUUGCUCACGGGAGUACUGGUUCUGGGGGCACGUGAGUCAGUCCUGGUUGGAAAAAUAUCCACAGGCAUCAACCUUUUGGUUCUCAGUUUCAUCAUCCUCUCUGGCUUCAUUAAGGGAGACCUGCACAACUGGAAGCUCACAGAACAGGACUACACAUUGAACACGUCUGAAUCUGGUGACAUCUAUAGCUUGGGCCCUCUGGGUUCUGGAGGGUUUGUGCCCUUCAACUAUGACGGAAUUCUCCAUGGAGCAGCUCUAUGUUUCUACUCAUUUGUGGGUUUUGAUGACAUUGUCACUAAAGGGGAAGAAGCCCCAAAUCCUCAUCGCUCCAUCCCCAUCAGCAUCAUGAGCACGGUCUUCAUCUGCUUUUUGGCGUAUUUUGGUGUCUCGGCGACUCUCACCCUCAUGGUGCCCUACUACCAGAUUCAGCCUGACAGCCCUUUUCCUCAGGCUUUCGUCCAUGUUGGGUGGGGCCCUGCCAGAUAUGUCGUGGCUGUUGGCAUCCUCUGUUUUCUUUUAUACAGACUGCAGAGCUCCUUGUUCCCCGUGCCUCAGGUGAUCCAGGAAAUGGCAGAGGACGGGCUCCUUUUCCGAGGACUUGCCCGAACCCAUGCCCGCACGAAGACCCCCAUCAUGGCCACCGUGUCCUCUGGAAUUCUCGCAGGUAUCAUGGCAUUGCUCUUUGAGUUCAGUAAUCUGGUGGACCUCAUGUCGAUUGGACACCUGCUGGUUUACACUGUGGUGGCGUUUUUGGUCCUUGUCCUCAGAUACCAGCCAGACUGGAAUUUAAGCAAGAAUGAGAAAACAGAAGACAAAAUUCAGAUGAAGCCUCUAGUCAAGGAAAAUCCUUUGGACUCUGAACCUGAAGCAGGAAGCUCAAAGACUCUCAAGAGUCUGUGGUUGCCUGUCAGCAGCAGCCCCACUGAGAAAUCUGCCCAGAUUGUGUAUAAAUGUGCCUUCCUGCUUGUUCUCCUGCUGAUUAUCCUGAGCCUGAUCCUGGCCCAGUGGCCCAGCCAGGUGUUCUCUGGAGACCCCGUGCUCACAACAGUGGCUGUGCUGCUGCUGCUGCUCAUCACUGGGGUCACAGCCAUCAUCUGGAGGCAGCCCCAGGACCCCUCUCCUCUUCCAUUCAGGGUCCCUGCUCUGCCUGUCUUCCCGCUGGUCAGCAUCUUCGUGAACGUUUACCUGAUGAUGCAGACGACCUCUGGGACCUGGGCCCUUUUUGGCGUCUGGAAUGCCAUUGGAUUUCUCAUAUACUUUGGAUACGGGAUCCGACACAGCCUGGCAGGGAACAAUCAUCAACAGCCACCAGCCACCAGCCUCCACCUCCCAGACUCUUGA